AUGGGAUGGAUAUGCGCUCUUUCUAUCGAGAUGGCCGCGGGGCGCGUCGUGCUGGAUCGAAUCCAUGAAGACCUACCCACGAUAGGCAACAAUACGAACGCUUAUGCGUUGGGAAAUGUGGACAAGCACAACAAAGUUAUGGCGUGCUUGCCCACGGGUCAGUAUAGAAUGAACAAUGCAGCAAUCGUUGCUGGCAAUACGCUUCGGAGUUUACAGUCAAACUGUAUCGAACUGAUAGUCGGGAUUGGCGGCGGUAAGCCUAGCGAUGUCGACAUUCGACUUGGCGAUAGAGUGAUAAACAACAAGGUCCUGCAGUAUGACUUGGGUAAGAUUGUUCUGGGUAACUGA